GUCAGGUCGUGUGUUGGAGUACCACUUACCGCCACCGCCACCGUCACCGUGCAGAACAUCUCAAGAUUCGCCGCAAGGAGGCAUGUUUCCGCAAGAUUGAGUCUUCGCUUACAUGAGGGGAUGGCUGGGGGCUGGCUGGGCGUAUGGCUGACUCUGGGACUGUACCUAGUAGCAAGUGAGGCUCAAUCCCAGUGUCCGUGGGGCCGAGAAGUCAACGAGCUCCAGUCCGCCUGUAUCUGCGCCUACAACCUUGGCCAGCAGCUGUCCGUGCAGUGUGACAUGGUGGACUGGACACAACUGCUUAAAGCGUUGGACAAAUACGCCCGUGAAGACUCUCUGGACCUCCUCUAUGUCAACAACAGUUCUGUCAAAGCCUUGGACGCAGCGGCCUUCAGUAACCUGAGACUUCACAACCUCCAACUAUCGGGAUGUCGCAUCAAGACAAUCAGUCCUGAAGCUUUCCAAGGACUCGAGAUAACCUUGAAGAAUCUUAACUUGCAAGACAACGAACUUGAUGAAAUCCCCAUAGAGAGUUUGAGAGGGUUGAAAAACCUCACUUUAUUAGACCUCUCACGUAACCGAAUCACCAAAGUACCUGAUGACGCUUUUAUAACUCUGACUCGUCUGUCAACGCUGAAACUGUCAGAUAACAAUGUUACAAUCUCUUCAGAGGCGUUCAAAGGCCUUGAAGAGUCACUAAAAAAUCUCAAUUUAAAGGGGACGAGGCAGAAAAGGAUACCUGAAGCGGUCCGUGGUUUGAAAACCUUAGCUUUUCUAGAUUUAGCUCAAAAUGGACUAACAGAACUUCCAGGAUCAGGAGGUUCAGAACUCCUUUCUGGGUUAGAAUCGUUGACAGCACUCAACCUAGAGAGGAAUGUGAUCCAGAGGGUGACUGACGACACUUUCCUCGGAGUAGCUGACACUCUCAGCUCCCUCAGUCUGCUCAACAAUCUACUGACAGAGUUUCCAGUGGGAGCCAUCAACAGUCUUACUGAAUUAAGGGUUUUGGACAUCGGGUUCAACCUGCUGACAGAGUUACCAGUGACUGCAUUCUCAGGGACUCCCUCUCUCACUCUCCUAGCUCUGGAUGGCAACCCUCUAGCGUCCAUCCCUGGUGCAGCACUAGCUCACCUCAACACAACCCUGCGUGGCCUCAGUCUGGGAGGCCGUUUCCUCCACUGUGACUGUCGUCUGCGCUGGAUAGCACAGUGGAUCCGCAGCAACGAUCUCCAAGUAACAAGUCGCGAGCGCAGCCCACAGUUCUGCGGGACUCCACCACGGUUCCACGACCGUAACUUCUACACAAUCCUUCCUGAGGAGUUGACUUGUGGCAAUGAAAACAGUCCAGUGGGAGUUGCAACUGUAGUGAACGCAGACUUAGAUGAGGUAUUGAACAACCCGUCGUUGAUAGAAGAGGAGGAACCAGAGAUCACAAUUACAACGACAAAGCGAACAACAAUCACUCCGAUAACUACAAGACUGACAAAACCUACAACGACCACCACAACAACAACGUCAACAACAACGACCACAACAACACCAUCGACAACAUCGACGACCGCAAUGACUGAAACAACACCUACCACAACCAUGUCCACAACGACACCCCGACCUACAAGACCAGCACUAGUGACAUCUACACGUCGCAGCGUACUGUCUCGUACAACAGUCCCGCCCUGGCCUCAGCAGCAACGUCCUCUGGUGCUGGGACAUCCACGAGCAGUACAAGAGGUUUUGGUGCGAUCGGCCCACCGACAAGACAACUCUGUGAUCAUACAAUGGGACUCUGAGACAGCCAACAUUCUCGGCUUCCGAGUCGUCUACAGGCUGUUUGGAGACCGCAGCUUCAAACAAGGCCCACCACUGGAGGCCAGCGAACGAGAGUUUAAAAUCAAAAAUGUUCCUUCGCAAGAGUGUAUCGUGGUGUGUGUGAUCUCGCUGGAGGAGAUCAACGUGACGCCGGACACAGUCCCGUACAGUCAGUGUCGCGAGGUGCGUACAGUCGCCUCCCCCACCAGUCACAUGGACAAGAUCACCAUCGCUGCCAGUGCUGCCAUAUGCGGCACAGUGGUGGUAGCCGUCAUCAUCUUUGUAGCUGCCAGCAGACGCAGGUCUCGCAAGCUACACACUUUGGCUGGGGGCUCCAAGGCGGGUCUCCCUGUGCCGGGGCUGCCCGUGGCGUGUUGCCCCGCCUCUAGCCCCGGACCUCUCUCCUCCCUCGCCACUCUCAGUGCCUUCACCUCACACAAGGACUGGGACCAGGUGUCUGUAUACAGCAAUCGUAGCCUCUCACGUCCCAGAAUGUAUCAUAUGGAGCGCCAAGGCUCACUAACAACGCCAUGUAUGGGUGACGAGAUGAGAUUCACAGGCAAACCGACCAAGACUCGCUCCGUUGCCGACGGCCAAUCCCAACACAGUUUCUCCAACCACUCUGGCCGUUACAACAACGCCUUCUCCGCCGGACUAGUCAGUUCUCGUCCAGAGCUGCGGCAGUCCCAUCAGUCGCUGGCCGUGUCCGAGCGCAUGUCCCGCGUGAGCUACCCGGGGACACACACUCACACGCACACACAUGCCCGGCCCCGCCAGCGACCCCGCAGUAGUAGCAGGGACCACUCUGCCCCCACCCGGCCCCACAGUCGCUACAGCACCACGGGGUCUCUGACCUACGGCGACGUGGCCGACAACUGGACGGACCACGACAUGGACAUCUACAUGGCUCGCAACCCCACGACGCGGGGAGGGUUGGUGCCACUGUAGCGGUGCGACCACUGCAGGCCGCCGCUGUGUCGUGUCCACCAGCGAUACGCACGUAAUUACCAGCCGUUCUACUAAUCUGUCAGUCAAUUGAGUUUGUGGAAUACCUAUUCUGAUUUCCAAUAGAGUUUUUGUGGCAAUUAGAAAGUACUUAUUUUAGUUUGUUGCUGCAAAACUUGACCUUCACAUCCAAUUUUUAUUAAAACAUAAUUAAUUAUCGGUACUUUGAAAACUGUUAAUUUUUACUUAAGAAACAACUAGCCCUUAAAAUCUUAACCCUGCAAGCGCAAUAGAAACAUUGUUAUAGUAGUACUAGAUAAAUCCCACGUAGUUGAAUUUCUCCUAUUUAUAUUCUUCUUGCAUCAUUAAGGUUAUGAAUUCAAUUCUGAUAAUAGUUGAAAUCUAUUGCACCUGAAACCAUUAAUCCGAAACUAACAAGCCUCUCCUGUGAGUGUUAAUGAGGACAUGUAAGCUGAUAUUCAGCAACUUAAUUUAAACUAUGCUAGUUAGCUGUAGACGUCAAAUCACUAAGUUCUGUUGCUGGUAAUUGCGUUUUUGUUGUGGACACACCAAAGUCAAAAGACUUCGCGGCCUGCAAUCUUGUGGCGAAUGGGAAAUUAUGAAGGGACACAAGUGAGCACGUCGGUUUGACUGGUAAUAAAUUAUUUACUGUAAAUAUGCAGUGUUAUAAAAGUGAAAUUUAGUGCAAUCUAUGUGACCGGUGGAAAACACCAUCUAAAGGCCAAAUUGUAAAUAAAGCUUGCUACCUACCAGUAAUGGUAAACAAUUUAAUUGUAAGCAUAGUUAUAAGAUAUGUUUUGAAAAUCAAAACAUGGCUACCUACUCUAGACUGGUUCUAGAGUAGGACUUAAACUAGCUUGCAAAACUACAAGACUUAUUAAACAAAUUUACAAUCAGAAGUUUUAGAAAACUGUAAAUCGUCUCUUUAGAAGAGGUUAAUUAUUUAUUUGAUCUAGAAUCAGAUUGUUUCAAAACAAGAGUAGUCCGAGUGAAAAGGGUCUGAUAAGAAUUGAGACAAAUCUGAGUAUCUCUUAGACAACAAACAGCUGUAAAAUUUUCUAUCGGACCAUUUUCAUGUGGACUACCUUGGCUUUAAAUGUAUUCAAAGCAUUAAAAAAAUUGUUACCCAUGCAUGGCUCAUCAAACUACCAUAUCUUUCAUCAAAUUACAUUUUUAAUACAAAUAAAACUCAUGUCAUGAAAAUGUUUAAAACUCACACACCUAAAUAUUAACAAAGGAUUUGUAAGUUAUAAAUUGAAAAAUAUUUUUAAGGCAUGAGUUUUAUCCAGAUCUAUCUAUUAAUGUUAAGAGUGAAGCCAAAGUAUUGUGUUUUGAUGAUAUUAAUGACCAAUUACACGAAAUAGUUCUUUGUAGCACAGUUUAUGUUUAUAUUUGUAAUAAUUCUAGGGUAAGCAUAUAAUGGAAGUUGAUUGUGAAUAAUUAUACGACGAAAAGGUGA